CAUGAAGUCAUGGCGGAAUAUCCAUUGGGCUGUAAGCUUCAACGUACACUGCAUCUUGUUAUUGCGUGCGGUAGCUGCAUAUCUCUUACCACUGUUGAUUCAGCCUCGCCGCUGGGCAUUUCAGAUCCAGAACUAUGGCGCCCUGCACGUAGCCGCCGGGAUAAUCAUUGGCAUUGAAGAUCUAAUGAGACCGAGAGGAUCGAACAUGCUACACUUGUUGCAUCAUAUAGAUCAACGCGGAAUUGAACGCGGAUUCAUUGGAUAUUUGGCGUUGGCGAGGUUGGUCUGCUGGUCCUAGAAUAGCAGUCGUGAUGCUCUCCUGGUGUUGAGCUGUCC